GCUGCUGGCCUGCCUGCCAGAGAGGGGAGUCGAGAGCUCUGCUGGGAACUACAUGGUGCUCAAUUUUUCAAGAUGUCGUCGCUGGAACAGAGGCUGUCGCGAAUCGAAGAGAAACUAAAGCAGGAGAAUGAAGAAGCUCGCCGGAGAAUCGACCUCAACAUCGACAUGAGUCCACAGCGGUCACGACCGAGGCCGAUCAUCGUGAUCCAGCUCAGUCCUGCUCCAGCCCCUUCCCAGCGUGCAGCGCUCCAGCUGCCCCUGGCUAACGAUGGAGGCAGCCGUUCGUCAUCUUCAGAGAGCUCGCCCCAGCACCACCCGUACCCCAGCCGCCCACGACACAUGCUAACCCUGCCCACGCCUCCGUAUGGCCUACAGAAGAGCCUAGAGAAUGCAGAGAUUGACCAGAAAUUGCAGGAGAUCAUGAAACAGACGGGUUAUUUGAAGAUCGACGGGCAGCGGUAUCCAGCAGAGGUAACAGACCUGUUCAGCGAGGGGGAGAUCGGCAGCGGGACUUGUGGACAAGUCUUCAAAGUGCGAUUCAAGAAGACGGGCCAUGUCAUUGCGGUCAAACAAAUGCGUCGCACAGGAAACAAAGACGAGAACAAGCGGAUCUUGAUGGACCUGGACGUGGUGCUGAAGAGUCAUGACUGCCCUUACAUCAUCCAGUGCUACGGCGCCAUAGUGACCAACACGGAUGUAUUCAUCGCCAUGGAGCUGAUGGGAACUUGUGCUGAGAAGCUAAAGAAGAGAAUCCAGGGUCCCAUCCCAGAGCGAAUCCUCGGAAAGAUGACGGUGGCAAUAGUGAAAGCGUUGCUGUACCUGAAAGAGAAACACGGCGUUAUCCACCGGGACGUCAAACCCUCUAACAUCCUGUUAGACGCUAAAGGUCAGAUUAAACUGUGCGACUUCGGCAUCAGCGGACGCCUCGUCGACUCCAAGGCCAAGACCCGCAGCGCCGGCUGUGCUGCCUACAUGGCACCUGAAAGAAUAGACCCUCCAGAUCCCACCAAACCUGACUAUGACAUCCGGGCAGACGUGUGGAGCCUCGGCAUCUCUCUGGUGGAGUUGGCUACAGGACAGUUUCCCUACAAGAACUGCAAGACAGACUUUGAGGUUCUGACCAAAGUGCUGCAGGAGGACCCUCCUCUUCUGCCUCUCGGCAUGGGUUUCUCCCUCGACUUCCAGUCCUUUGUCAAAGACUGCCUCACAAAGGAUCACAGAAAAAGGCCAAAAUACCAUCAGCUGCUGGAGCAUAGUUUCAUUCGGCGUUACGAGGUGCUCGACGUAGACGUGGCUGGUUGGUUUCAGGUGGUGAUGGAUCGCACCGAGUCGCCUCGCAGCAGCCAGUGUUACAGCCAUCAGCAUCAACUCCACUCGCUCUUUAGUAGGUAGCCUAGCCUCGACCAGCCUGGCGUCAGCUUAGCCGUACGCUAGACUAGCCUAGCUUUAGCUUUGCCAAGCCCAGACUCAGUCUAUUCUAGUCUAGCCGUCCGCAGCUACGCCAAGCGCUACACCCAUCCCGUCUGUCCAUCUGUCCCCUGGGGAAGAAGAGACCUGAAGAUCCCACAGAGGAGGGAGGCACGAAGACUCAGUGGAGGACUCUGGAUGGACAGAUUAAGCAAUGGAGCGACAGAGGGAUGGAUGGCUGACGCAGGUGGUUCUGGUUAUUAGGGUGCUGAAUCUGGACAGACAGACACGGGGUUGGGGGGGGGAUGCACGCUGUAGUGAGCUUCAUUUGGUUUAGACACUGUUAGCGCUCACCACGCUAUCAUCACAUCACAGUGUGUGUUGCAGCCAGACACUCACAUACAAACUGUGUGUGUAGCUUGUAUAUGCUUUUACAUUUUCUCCUCUUUUCAGUAGUUUUACACACACGUCUGUCUGUCGCCGACAUUGAUCCAAGCAAUUGGAUUCGUAAACAGAGUAGUCACUACACACUGGAACAAAGCAUCUGCUACUUCAGCAAAAACAAGCCGCUCUUGUACAUAAACGAUUUAGAGGACAGAACAAAGUCUGGUGCAAUUAUGAUUCUUCAGGUGUUUCUACCAUCACACAUUCUCAGGCUGUAUCUAUAUGUAGUGUGUCUGUGUGCGUGUGUAUAUGUCAGUGUGAGCAUUUCUAUGUAUGGAUAACUAUAACGACUCACUCACCGGCUUUUAAUAGUGAGGUUGUAUUUCCUCGUUAAUUCACCUUCACACUACAGCUCUAACACACAAACGAGAACAGAUUAAUCUGUUGGCUGUGCUUUUAAUUUGAAAGGCUUUUGUUUUUUUUUGUUUUGUUUGUUUGUUUGUUUUAAAUAGCAUAAUUUUUUGUGUUUGGGAGAAACAAUGAAAAACACUCACAAAAAAAUUAGCGUUGCAUUUUAGCUUUAUAGAAAAUAAGUCGUGUAUUGUUUUGAAGACGGGUUUGUUUUUUUUGGGGUUUUUUUUGGUGAUCGAUGCGUGCCGCGAGUACAUCCACACUGACGUUUUUGUUUUAAAAAGUGUAGUUUUUACUACAUGUGCGAUGAACAUCCAGACAGCAAGGCUGUAGUGGGUCAUGCUCCGUCAUUCAACGACCUCCAGUCUAUAGCCCAGGUUCACACACACAUUUGGCUGUUAACGGGUCUGUAAAUUAGGCAGCAGGGUAUGAUGAGGUACCUUCUGAUUGGUCAGACAUAAGCUGGAACUUGCAAUACUAAUCAGAGUUCAGUUUAUUUAGGCAUUUAAAACACUACAAAAAGCAGCCACGUGUCAUUCUGUUAUUUGUACUUUCAACAAAAGCAGUAAUGUAACUUAAUUAUGAGCCAAUUUUAAAAAUCCAAACAUGCACAAAGUUUGGAAAGACACAAAGAGUGUGGUUUGUAAUGGAGAGCCCACUUCCAAUCAAGCUAGGUUGUAGUAGACCCUGUGCAUGAAUGUGAACAGUACAGGGAGAAGCUUGGAAACUGCGACAGUCUCUUGUGUUACGUUCAGAAGCCGUCUCGCCUCAUUUGUCCAAGCAGAAAAGCUUCUUGCAGUUGGCUUUGUUGCUCUGGAGUAUUUUCCUGAAGCUACCGGCCCUCUGCUUCCUGUUUACACUGGCACACUUGUUCACGUUGUAUGCGAUAUAUCAGCGUGAUAUAGUGUUACAGGCGUGUUUAGUGUAGACGGAGAUUUUUAAUGAAAAACGCCGUUUUAAAAUGAAACGUAUUAGUGUGGAUGUAGCUUGAACUUCUUCUGGAAGAUUGAAAGUUGAAAGAUUUAACAAAUGUUACAAGAGAGAGAGCAGCUGGGUGAUUUUAAAAAAUGGGAGCGUUUUUGGGGGUUUUGUACAGAGAAUUUAAAAGGUGUAGAUCUUAUGACCUGUGGAGCAUUUCUUUACUUCACUCUCUGUUCAUCUACCUCUUCCUUUUUGUCCACCUCUCUGCCUCCGUAGUGCUCCACAGUGUUCUUAGACCAAAGGCUGCACGUGGGUUGUUGGCAGAGGCCGAGAGACUUAGAUUUGCUCCUGCAAACCUUCAGAUAUUAAGAAUCCACGGAGGAGAGUCUGAGCAGUGCUGGUGUGUUUUUUAGGAGGCUAAAACUGUCAGGCUGGGGCCUGUAAUUCCAUUUUGCUUGUAUUGGAUCAUUAUCCUGUUUUUACCGAGCUUUUGGAUGAAUAUCAAUGAUAUGCCAUUAAUUUCUGCUGAUUUAUCGGAGUCAUUUCUUUUCCCCCAAUUCUCCUUUUAUUCUUCAGCUGCACAGUGGAUUACUGGACUGAUUUGGUUUCAUUAUUAUAUACUGAGACCAAGAAUUGUUACAGUCAAGAUGUAAAAGAUGACUAGGAGGUGGAAAAAAGAGUUGUUACCUUUUGCAGAAUUACUUUAAUUGAUUAGGUAAAAAAAUCCCCAUUCAAAGCUCUUUUUUUUUUUUUUUUUUUUCACUCCCUGUUUAUUUCUACAAAAGAAAACAGGCUGACCACUGGCACAUGAGUUACAGUUUGAGAACCCAGCUUAAAGGAUGUGUGUACAUAUACUGUGUAAACGUGAGUGCAAGUCUACAUAGGCCGACUGAGCAGAGCGCUAAUAUCUCCCUUCUUGCGGGACCACAGCCAAAGCAUGCUAGAUGUUCAGACUACAUCCCACAAACACCAAAUCGCUGUUAGACAGAACAGAGGAGAGGCGAUGACUGAGAGGGGGAAACGCGAAGUCAGAGAGACGGAGAGGGGUCCGGGAAUGUUGUCAAGAUGGUAGAAAUGAGUGUGGGGUGGGGCAACGUGAGGUGACGAGGAGGAUAAAGAAAGCGUGGUGGCAAGUUCAAGGAAAGUCAGAGACAAGCUGAGUGACAGGAAGUAAGUGUAAGAGAGGAAGCAGUUUCACACAGGAGUGCUGAGCUCUGAGGCUAGCUGUUUGUUUUUGUUUGUUUCGGGGGGGUUUGUAAAGAGCUUUCAUGGUGUUACGCCAACCUACCAAUUCUGAUUUUAGCGAUUUAGCUUGUUGCGUUUGUGACGUUUACUGUUCUGUUCGGACUGUUAUUUAUUUGCAUUGCUGCUGCUACUGUUUUUUUUUGUUUUUUUGUUUUUUUUUAUUGCGUUAGACGCUGCUGUCACUUCUUUUCCCCAAAGGACGAAUAUUUUAUUCUUGUUCUUUUAAGCCAAAUAAGUGAAAUAAUGCAAUGUCCAUACACGUGUUACCAAAAUAAGCAAGUCUGAAGAGAGCAAAAGCAAGUGAGAGAAGCUCGGAUAGAUUAGAGAAGGACGUGCAGAAAGGUUGGCUUCACGCAAGUACUAACUCACGCCUCACCUCAAAUGUACCUCUUGUGUGUUUUGAAAGCAGUUAAUUGUCAUAUCCUGAUGCCACACUACACACUACUACUCUGUACAGUGUAGAUAUGAUUUGGGGGUUGGGCGGGUCUGUCUGUCUGUCCAGAUGCUUUGUGCCACAUCCAUCCAACACUCUGUCCAUCCACUCCUCCAUCUGUCUGCAGGUCCCCUGCAAGCUUGACAACCUUGAUAGUUCACACCAAAGGUGACCACAACUUAACAAAAAGACGAAAGAGCGUUGUUGUUAUCAUUAUGAGUCUUGUUAUUGACAUUAUAAUUGAUUACUCUUAGCUAUGAUUAUAUAUGAAAUCUCUCUAGCUAGUGGGAGAGGAUGUGUGUGUAUGUGUGUGGGGGGAGUAUGUCCCAUGUAUGUGUCAUAUACAGUACAGAGGGAGACUGGUGCAAUAAUACAUGACCAGCUGGCUCAAACUCACCGCAGGCCUGAGUCAGGAACUGAGCUCACCUGACUCUUGGCAUCACUGAGCACCUGAAUGUUAGCCGUUCGGGAUAAGCGGUGUCACACCGCUGCUACACAACUGGCUCUGUUAGCUCUGGGCUUACCGAUCUGAGUGUGUCCUCUUCAGUCAAGUUAUUGAAGCCGCAAAAAAGGUGUUAAAGGUUAAGAGGUAUACCGUUAAUGUAAAACAUUAAAAGUGACAUUGUGCUCAUUUCUAACUCCAUAUUUUUAGUAAGAGAAUCAACUAGAGUAGCUUUGCACGAUUCAGCCCCAGCAUAGAUUCAGCUUCUAAGCCCCACCUCCUUAUAACCAUAUAAGGAAAUAUGUAGGAAAGUGAUUAUCCAGUGUUACAGUAUCUGUAUAAUGCAGAAAAUAAAGCAUAAUGGGAAUUGGAAGCACAUAUUUCCUUACUUGGCUAAAAUAAUCCUGAUAAUUUAAGAAGACUCAUCAACACAAACUGAAAUUAAUGUUUGAUUUAUAACCAAUAUUCUCACACACGGACCUUUAAUGUCGUGUACAGAUGAUGCUGCGUCUUUAAAAUACACUCAUUGAUAAUUCAGACCCAAUUAGAGUCUUUCUGUGGUUUUUAUCUGUAGAUGCUGAUUGAUUAGGUUGCUGGCUUGGUAAGCUCGCUCCAAGUUGUUAAAUGUUUCUGAAUGAUGACUGCGGAGUGACCCGAUCAUGUUAAUUAGUCCCAGUUAAAGGUGGGCCAGCUUUGUGAUGCAGAAAAACCCGGCUUGAUCCUGACUCACUGACCCAGGCCUCUGAGCAGAUGUGAGGUGGAGUUGGCCUGACUCCGUUAGUUCAGCCGUUCUCUGGUUGUCAUACGGACACCGGAUGUGAGCUGGAACCGAUUUAAAGUGGUGCACACUUCCAUACGACGGGUGAACACCCCCCCCCUCCCCUCAAAACUAUUAUAUACAGCCCUGGUUCUGGUGCUCUGCCAUCACAGCAGCCUGAGCUCUUCUCAUCGGUGCAGUUUCAAAUACAAGCUCGGCAGUACACGCCGCACUUCCUAUUCAGCGCUCAGUGUUCAAACUGUGCGUGCAUGCGUGUGCCUCGGCUAACUCGUGAUAAAGCUGGACCCAGUCUCCCGCUGUCGAGGUUCUCUGUUAUUAAGCUGACAUGUAUUUCACAAACACGCGCACACACUUGCCGACCGUGCCGUUGGUGUGCAUUUUCACUUGGUUGGCUGACGGUGCCACACACCACCUUUAAAUCCUGUCACAUGUAAUUGCUUGUAUGUGUGUUUGUGUGAGAGUUGGGGGGGAUUAAACAUCUGAUUACUAAACUAGACACACACACACACACACACCAAAUGUAUAAAGUUAUCCCAUUCUACACAGCAAUGCUGGCUACUGCCGAUAGUGGCUUUAUGUGUAUAUUAGCUUGUGAGGGAGUCUGUGUGUGCGCGUGUGCGUGUUGUAACCCCAUCUGUAAGUAAACCAAAUAUCAUUUUCACUAUGCAGUCAUUCAAACCAUGUCAGCUUGCUUCAGAUUUGUUUGUUUUUAAAAUUUGCUUUCAUCUGGUGAGGUGGGGGGGAGAUGCUUCGUGUACAUACAGAGUUGGCAUCGAUGCAUUUUUAAAAAAAAAAAAUCCCCCCCCCCCCCUUCUCGAGCUCCACCUCCCUCCUUCCUUCCCUCCCUCCCCCCCUGUGUGAUCAAUAUCACCGGCUUCAGCGAGAAAGCAAAAGAGAUGUUUUGAAUGAGCUGACAAAUAUUUAAGGAAUGUAUUGGGGUCGGGGAGGGACGAGGGGGGGUCAGACCGGGGUUUGUAUUUUUUUUUUGUCUUUUGUUGUUGGUUUGUUUUUGGGGGGUUUUGGCGAAGGGGGAGGUAACAGAUCAAUGCUGUAAAGUAUAUCGAUUGCAUGUUAUUGUCACCGCUGUAACUGCCAUUGUUUUGUUUUUAUUGUUUCUUUGUUUUCUUCCAAGACAAUGGUCGGUUGGGACGGGGAUGCACAAAACUUUAUUCUUAUUUAUGAUUUUUACACGUGUACUCUGUAUUUUUGCUUUUGCAACAAAAAAGUUGAAUUUUUGUGUAAUUAGGAAAAGAGAAUUUGUUUGGUUUUUUUUUCCCCAACAUGCUUUUUCACUUCAGACCCGUCACUAUGUGUUGAGGAGGAUGAGGAGGAGCUGGAUCUUUAUUAGCAGACAGUGUUUGUCCUGUUUUCGCCUCGUUCGUGUGCACAGUUUCUCUUUUCAGUUAGCCGCGUGGAGAGUGUGCGUGAUGGUUAAUCGUCUACCAAAAGUCUUUUAUUGAUGGUGAUUAUUAUUAUUAGCGUUUAUUUUAUUUUUUUUAUUAUCAUCACAAUUACUAUUAUUACUGUUUUUAUUAUUGUUGUUAAUAUUAUUAUUAUUCAGGGCAAAGAUGACACCAAAUUGAACAAGGAAAUAAGUGGGUGAUAGAGAGCGGGGCGGUCCGUCUUUCUAAAGGUUUCCUUUUUAUAGGCGAGGUGGAGCAGUUGGUUUUUCCCGUUACGCUGUAGUUGGUCUGUCCACCUUUGUCAAACCGCCACAUAAAAGAUGACCUCUGAACUCAAAGUCUGAUAGUAUUUUUAUUUUUUUUAUUAUUUUGAUUGUUAUUAUAUAUUGUUUUCCUUUUGAUCAGAUAUCAUGAUCAGUUUAUUUCUUGUUACCCCAGUUUGGGUCAUAAAUUGUGUGCUUUUUUUUUUUUUUUUGUGUUUUGGUUUGGGGUUUUUUGUCCCUUUUUAUUUUAUUUUUUAUUUUUUUAUUAUUCUUUCUGGUUUGCUCUAGUAGUGAGCUGAUGGUAAAACACCAGAGCUUUCUUUUUCUUUUUUAAUUGCUGAGACUGUUGUGACUGAUGUUGCACUUGUGAUGGUUUUAUUUUUGUUUUGUGUUGCAGAUUGUUGUGCAGACAGGAGGAGAAUAUUGGGUGUUUUCCUUAUUUUCUAAGAGUCACAGCAGUUAUUUUAUCAAUCAUAUAAAUCUGUGAGACAGAGCAAGAAGAUGAUUCAACAGUGUAUUUUUCUCACUGGUAUUUAUUUAUUAGUCCUUUGUAUGUUAUUUGUCUUUGGUUUUUUUUAUGGUUCUUUUUAAUAUGUAAUUUUUAUUGUUUUGUGGAGGGCAAACAGGAUACAAGGCAGAGGAGUAGACUCUCUAUUGGCAUUUUUACCGUCGUGUACAGAAAGCUAAAUGUCGUGCUCGAUCACCACACUAAUGUACAGUCUGCUCGGUAGAUUAAAAGUUUAUUUUCGAAGAAGAUGAAAGGUGCAGCACAGUAAAAAUCACUCUUUCUGGUUUUAAUGUGACUCCCAGAUGAUUUUGUUUGCUGUUUACCCUCUCAGAAGACCCCAUCAGACUCCUCAUGGUUUGGAGCAACUGCAUGGUGUGUUUGAUUCAAGUGCUUCGCUAAUUAUUCACAGUUAAGUUGUUUGAAUUUGGAUGGUUUUAAUCAGUGGAUGCCACCCUCAGCGCUGACUUUCUUUAAAAAUGUAUAGCUGGUGAUAGCUACUUUAAUAGUGGACUGAUUGGCUUGUUGUUAUGACAGCGAGGUUGGGACAUGCCUGCUUUGACAAGGUUUUUUUUGCCUGUUCCUUCUGAAUUGUCAGUGUAGACUGCAUGACUUUGCUUGUGAGCGUGGUGAGGGGGGUAAGAGGACUGACUUCAAAGGCUUCAUUUAUGUACACACACACGCACCGAUUUAUUGUCUUGACCGUUGUAUCAGUCAACACAGCUUUACUGCCCAUUUCCUUUGUCUUUUUUUUUUGGGGGGGUUUUGUUUUGUUUUAUUUUUUUGUUUUUAGCUGUAUUUCAUCCCCCUCCCCAGUGUCAUUUCAAAUAAAAUAAAUGCCAUUAUAUUGUGAAUACCUCAGGAUCUCUUUGGAGUAAAAAAAAAAAAACAUAAUAAAAGACAUAAAAAUCAAAUAAAUAAAUAAAAACUCAUAAAAAAAA